UCACACUGGCGUAGCAGGUCCGCGGCAAUUUUUGCAAAAAUAAAUAUAUAAACGAAAAUUAAGUAAGGAAAACGGUGCGUCGAUUGCACACAACCCACAAUCUGGGUCAGCAUUGUAGUGUGAAAUUGUUUAAACAUUGUGCAGGAUAAAGAGAAGACACCAUAACAGCCAUUCGUCGCCGUCGCAAGAAAAGUAAUUGAUCCACACACAUUGCGGCAGCCACAACAACAACGAGAGUAGGAGCAGCAGCAGAAGCACAGUUACGCCUGGGGAAACACUCGAUAGCGGGAGAGUGGAACCAGAAUCUCGCUCAAAGUAUUUGCUCUUUCGUUCCACCGACAUGGUCGCAGUCGCGUCUGGUGACUGCGACAUCCUCCCAGGAUCUCUCUGAAGUGAAGCGGAGCUUUGCUACAUCUACAUGGAAUCGGAAAGCAGCGACAGCACGGACAGCGUGAACUCGAUACCGCGUCCUGAAUUCGAGGCCCUCUCCGCCAUCGACAGCCCCCAGCCAGUGCUGCUCCUUCAGGCGGAUAGUUAUGAUACGGAGCCCAGCAUGCCACAUAAGCGACAAAAGUAUGUGGUGAGUGCCCCGCCCGGGUCGGCUGCUGGCAGCAGCAACUCAUCAAACUCCAGCCCGUCGGCUACACUCGGCCCCUCGCUCACCAUGAAACUGACCAAGGUGCCGUCACAGACGCACGUGCCGGACCUAAAUCCACUGGGAACGUCAACACCGAAGGAGUCCAAGGCGCCGAAAGUGCCCAAGGAAAUGAUUGCCCUUCAAAAGUCCCAAAUGGAAUCGGAGGUGCUAAGCAACUUUGUGGCCGGUGGCUCAAAGUUGAAGCGGCGCAAGUCGCGCUUUGCCACACAUCAGUUAAUGAAAGAGGCCCAGGAAGCCCAGGAGGCGUCGUCCCACAAGUCUUCCUCCAGGCCCAGGAACAAGAACAAGAAAAAUGAGUUUAAAAAACGCAGCAAGAGCAUACCAAACCCGUGCUGGAACGCAGACGACACCGAGUGGGCAGUGGGCAAGAAGCUGGCGAAGAAAGCGCGCCAAAAGCGGGGCCGUUCGAUGGUCAACGAUUGCGAAGAACGCCAGCUGGGGCUCGAUGCCGAUGACAGUAAUAGUAAUUCAACGGUGGGACUGACACCCAUCAAUCUUCGCCCUCGCAGCAAGACCCAUUCGCUUAGCAAUAGCUGCAGCAAUGAGGAGCAGCGCCCGACGAAGCGCGCCAAUCUACGCACCGAGAACGUAGAGUUUGCCAAGAAGCAUAGCGCCUUCCUGGACAGCAUCAUAAAUGAUCCGGAAGUGGAACAUAACCCUCAAGCAUCAAACGAAGUCGAUGGCGAGUGGAACAACAGCUCAGCGGGUGGUGAUACAGAGGCGGAUCUGUCGUUGUUCUUGGAUUUCAGUACUUUGAAGGAGCAAGAGCCCGAGGACAAAGUAUACGACCGAUUGAUGCGCAUCUACCAGCCCCCGCCAAUGGUAAAAAAUAACGGUUGGGAUCCCUUUUGCUGGAAGUGUAAGACCCCCGGCAUUAUGCAUCCGUGCAGCAAGUGUGUUCGCUCGUUCCACACCUACUGCGUGCGUCCAGCCACCACGAAAUUCGAUAGCUCCUGGAAGUGCCCCGAGUGUGUGCUGAUCGAAGUUGCCUCCAAAAGGUCACGUCGCAACGAACUCACGUCCCAGCAGCUGAACAGGGGUCUGUUAUAUUCGCUCGCUCGCAUGAAGCUAGUACACGGGAUCUCGAAGCUGCGAUCGCCCAAGGAUGUCUUGCCGGAAACCUAUAAACAAUUCUUUGUGCAUGUCGUGACCCUUCAGAGCCUGGCCAAGGGCAUCGAAAACCAAGCCUUUGCCAGUGCAGAUGCAUUCAUGAGCGAGGUCAAGUGGAUUCAUCACAAUGCCCUGAUAUUGGACCCUGGAGACAUCAAGGUGGAGACGCCGGCAAAGAACUUGCUGAAGGUGUGCCGCGAGGAGACCAUGGAGAUAGACACCUGCCCCGAGUGUUACUUGAAUGCCAACUCCAGCGAGGAGUGGUUCGUGAAGGUGUGCCGCCAUCCGCAUAUCUUGCUUUGGGCCAAGCUCAAGGGAUUCCCCUACUGGCCGGCCAAGGCAAUGGGCUUGACAGAAAAGGGCACGGUGAACGUGCGCUUCUUUGGCAAGCAUGAUCGCGCCCAUGUUCAUGUGAAGGAUUGCUUCCUGUACUCGGCUAAGAAUCCCAAUGUACAGACCGGUCGUCGCAUGGCCCGGGAACUGGACGAUUGCAUCGUUGAGGUGGGGAUUCACAUUGAGCACAUCAAUCGGAAGUUUGGCUCCUUCCACUAUGCUCCCUAUCGCACACCCUACGAUCCGGCCGAGGAGGAGCAGCAGCUGAAGAACAUGAUGCCAGGCAUGUACGCAGUCAACGAUGACGUUAUGGAGCCGGCCAACAAGACGCCGUUGCAGUAUCUCAUUCGCGAAACGGCGGACGGUAAGUUGUCCAUUGUGAAGAAGACAAAGGCCGCCACAGAGUCGGGCAAUGAGUCGUCGGAUCAGUCGGCUAGUCCGACAAAGACAAGGAACCUGCCACCACCAGCACUGCCGCCGCCACUACCCCGACUACCAUCGUCGCAGCUUCAGGGGCUAGACCAAGCCACGGUCACGGCCUCCAGCAGUGAGCAUGUCAAGCAGAAGAGCAUCAACUACGAGGUCAUACCCCGUCCGGCUGAAUCGCUGACCGACUCUCGCUGCAAAGUGCUGCUCAAGCGGAAGAACCUGGCAGCAAAGACCUCACCAGUCUUCGUCGUCGCAGUGGAGAAUCCAGAGGUGGUCGGCAAGAGGCGUAAACAUUCCGUGAGCGAUACCAGCGGCACCUCCGAGUCGACUCGUCGCGAGAAGCAUGCACAUGCCCGCAAGCAGCUGGCAGUGGAGGAACAGGCAAGGGCACAGGCACAAGCACAGCAGAGGGAGCAGGAGCAGGAACAGCAAGCGAAUAAUCGAGUUGAAGCGAAGCAGGAGAAGAAGGAUGAUUCCCUUUUGUCUGAACUUGAUUCGGAGAUGCAUUUACAAUUCUCUGACUCACAGAACGACACCCCGACCGAUCCUCUAGGCGGAUUGGUGGAUAGCGUUAGACGUCGUCAGGGCGUGACCAUCACCAGAAUAUCACGCGAGCAACAGGCGGCCUCGUCUAAAAGUGUCGCCCCCUCUCCAGAAGCCGCCAAGCCGGCGGCCAAACAGACACCGGAAAGAGCCGAGACAAAGGGCAUGAUGAAGAGGUCCGAUGUUGAGCGUCAGCAGGUCCAGCUCAUCAAGAAAGUGAUUCCAUUUUUCGAAGUUGAAGUCAAAGCCGAAGUGAUAUCGGAACCAGAGCCCGAGGAAGAAGCUCCCAAGCUGCAGGAAUCUGCCCCCAAGACACAGGAGUCUGCCCCCAAGCCGCAAGAGUCUGCCGAGAAGUCACCCAAGCCAGCUAAGGAACAACAAAAGCCACCGGCAGUUAAGCCACAGAAGCAGAAAGCACAGAAGGAGCCAAAGGAUAAGCCGGCUAAUCCACCGCAGGAACCGAAGAUCACAGUGCCUGUGCCCACACCACCGCCAGAGCCAGUCGAGGCUCAGCCAGCCGCUGUCGCUGUUGCGGAGCUUGUGACGAUCAAGGAGGAGAUUUUCAGUGAGGAGGAAAUGGAAGUGGAAACUCAAGCGGAUGUGGAAAUGGAGACGGAGACAGAGAUCCACACGGUUAGACGUAGCUUGUUAUUGCCACAGGUAAUGCCGCCACAGGCAAUGCCGCCGCCACCGCAGUCACAGCCCCCCGAGCCAGUGCAACCGAUGCGCGAGGAGACGCCCACAGUCCGUUAUGUGGGCGAUACGUCCAUCCAAAAGAUCAGCCACAAGCAAGCAGCGGCCAAGGCCAUGGACGCACCAUCCAAACGUCGAGGCGUACCAUAUGGCCCACUGCCGCUUUCGGGCCAACCAUCCACCUCGCCAGCGCACUCGCCAGGGCCCGUGCCGGGCGUCAAGCCGCAUGGCGUGUACGUUGCGAGCAAGCCACCGACACCUGCGCCGGCACCACCAAAUCUGCGACUGAAAGGUGAACGCAAUUCCACUCAAACGCUGCCGCAGACACCACCGUCGCUGAGUGGUCUGCCCUGCUCAUCGCCCACUACAUCGAGCCUGCUGCGAUCCAACAUGGUGGUCAUACCGGUGGAGCAGGCAAGCAGUCUGAUCAGCCCCAUGACGAUACCAGUUCCUCCCCUGAGAGCCGUGUCCAAGAUCACGCUCCAGAACUCGACAUAUCUACCGAGCAUUCCCGUUCCCCCAGGUCCCCAGCUGGGCUCCGUACUGUCCAUGCCACCGCCUCUGGCUGGUCUGAGCGUUCCCCAGAUGGGCACACCCACAUCCACAGCCACAUCCAUGCAGCCCACCAUGGAGCCGAGUGGCCUGCUGGCCAAUGCACUCAACGGACUGCCCAGCGAGACCUUGGUGAGCAGCGAGUCUACCCGCAAUGAUUCCUUCUUGGCCAUGAAUGAUAUACUCAUGCGCUCCGGUCCGCCCAAGCUGGUGCCGCGUCCCUGUGGUCCGCUGCAGUCGGAUGGCUCCCAAAUCUAUCCAUCGCAGGCGGGGCCCGUCUCUCAGCGUCUCAAAGACAAUGCACACAAGAUCACGGACUACUUUAUAUCCGUCAUCGAGGACACGCUCACCGAUCUGGGUGCGGGUGAUCAGGAUAUGCUGCAGGCUCGCGUCACCAGCCUCACCCUGGAGAACGAGCGCCUCAAGCAGGAUUACAACCGCAAGAUAUCUGAGAUGAAGCGCACCCACGAGCAGAAGAUCAAGGAGCUGCACAAGGCGCAGGAGCAGGAGUACAAGCGCAUUAUCAGCGAGAUACGUCAGCAGAGCACAUUGGAACGCAUUCAUGCCGUUGAUGAAACCAAGCGGAAACAGUGGUGUGCCCAUUGUAUGCGUGAGGCGCAGCUUUACUGCUGCUGGAACACCUCGUACUGCGACUAUCCCUGCCAGCAGGACCACUGGCAGCGUCACUCGUCCACCUGCGGCCAGGCCGGCGCAUUGGGGCUGGGGGAAACGAUCGACUUAACGCCACCGCCAGUGUCCGAGCCAACCCGCCUUAGGCCCAAGCCAACGACUGCCAGUCCCACGGCCACAGUGACUGCGAGUCCGAUGGCCACAGUCACUGCCAAUCCAAUGGCUACAGCGACUGCGAGUCUGGUGGCUACACCGAUGCCAGUACCGACAUCAAUGCCAGCCCCAAUACCAACGUCUGCACCGACGCCUGCUCCCAGUAACGUGAUUGCCGCCCCACAGUUGCAUCGGUCAGCCCUCAGUGGUAUUCCAAUGGCCACUGCAUCGGGAUCGGGAACAGCCUCCGGAUCUGGUGUACCUGGUGCCCUGCCAGCUCCCAAAAAGUGGCAGACCAUGAUGUCCUUUACGGGUCUUCCCACCAAUCAGGAGAGUCUGCUCAAGCAGUCUGGUCCCCUGCUGGCCGGACUGCCAUCCAGCACAUGUGUGCGCCCAGUGGUCAGCGCCACGCAAACAUCCGCGACAUCAGUCAGCAACAUGAUCCACACGACCUCGUUAAUAACACCAGCAGCGCCAUCAUCGACCGCGCAUAUUGGCACCAUCAUAACCGGCCCGCGCAAUACCAUGAACACGUACAACAACGCCAUGAGCUAUGCCAGUCGACUGCCUACACCACAGUCGAUGUCCAUGCCGCCAUACAGUUUACCAGUACCCAUCUCUGUGCCCAACAACGUUGUGCCGUCGUACACUGUGUUGGUAGAGCAAGCGCCAAAGCCAAGGUCCACGGGUCGCAGGGGACAAAACCGCAACCGCAACAACGCAAACUCCGACGCCAACAAUGGCAUCAGCACGAUGGGAAUGCGCCACAACCAAGUGAACCAAAUGCAGUUUCAGCAGUAAGGAUUGUCACUGCAGGAAGAGUACAUACAUAAUUUCCCACCCGAAGUGACGGCCUGUGAUGGAGGACGAAAUCUUUUCUACAUAAUUCCCAGAUAUUAAGAAUAUCUCAAACAGAAAGAGUUUUUUUAUGUUUUUUUCUUUAUUACGUUACCCAUUGAAGGGAGGAUUACCAUUAUUAAAUAAUUUCAUUAAAGCUUUGGCAGCGAACCUACCAGAGAUUACGAGAAAGGAUCUCGCACCGACGAAGUGUGUAAAAAAGUCAUUUUUUGUAUAAUUUUCAAUUUGUAGAAUAA